AAUUUAAAUCGACGCUACUGCAGUUAGUGAUGAUUGUUCUGUUGAGGCUGAAAGCCUCUAACAUCCAAAUUUAUAAAUAUGUGAAGUGUCCUAUUCCAACAAGACUCUGCAAAAACAGUCCUUUUUUCUCCACUUUUUCGACGAGACAUUGUGUGUAAUAUUCCUCACGUUAUGAAAGAAGCUGGUUUAACAGAUCCGUUAAUCGCUUGAUUAACAUAUACGUUUAUAUAUGAGGCUCUAAUUGUUUCGAGCUGAAAUUUUUUUGAUGAAUUUAAAGUCUCGUCACCUAUCAACUUUCAAGGGGUUUUUAAAACACAUUGAUAUGCCUCAAAGAUCAACUGGCCAGUCUUACAUCAUCAGCACAUAAACGUUUUGAUGUUGAUUACACGUGAUUCUUUUGUAGGUGAUAGCUAUUGUAGUUUCAUUUAAUCUUUAGGAUACGUUACAAAGUCACUAAAUUUCUUAGCAAGGCGAAAUAAAAGUUUUUAUUUCCGAUUUCAUCAUAAUCUACUAUCUGUGGGUAGUGUUAAAGGGACAUAGAUUUCGGGGAAAUGCCUCCUUAUUGCCAUAUUCCUGUAUAUUUUACUGUGUGAUUAUACUGUCAGACUUCGAUUACGAAACAAAUCAAUUGCAUAACCAUAAUGCUUACUUUCAUUCCCAUUCUCAGAUGACUUUUGCAAAGACUGGUUACACCAGAAGCACUAUGUCAUACGGGUCACUUGAAUUAUCAAGAUAAACUAUCAUAUCAAGGUAAUAAAUGACAUCUAAGUGUCAACUUUGUAAAGUGAUGAUCGAUAACUACCCACUACUUGGUUUUCAGUUUUCAUAUUAAGACAGCGUCCUUACUUUGGUACGGCACCUAUUUUUCAUAUUUCUAGUCAUCAUUUCUCACCUAUUAGUGGAAGUAAUACUUUAUCAUAUUUUUCUGUCACACACAUAAAUCUCAGAGCUACCAGUUCAUAUUCUGAAAAUGCUAUUCCUCCAACCAAACCCCGAAGAAUGUUCCGGAAGUUCCUGUUUUUGAGUCUGAUAUCAAUCAGUUCAUUUAUUGGCUUAGUUUACGUGUCUGAAACCAUUCGAAAUGAAUUGAUUUCAUACUAUCCACCUUCUAAGGAUAUACUACAUGUGGUCGAAAAUUCAAUUGGAGGUUGGUAUACUGGUCAAAAAGCUGAAGAACCGGUUCCUGUUGGUGAUUUUCCACUUCCACCUAAACGAACUUCUGAGUCAAUCAGUCAGGUGAACUCUGUGGCCACUUCAGAACCUGUUAUUAUUGAGAAAAAAAAGCAUUCACUACCUACUGUGGAAGAAGUCAAAGAUAUGAUAGAGAAACGUGAUCAUGUGCCGGUGAUGAACGUAGACUUCUAUGAACUACCUAACGUUGUGAGGGAUGUAGAAAGUAGAGUGGAGAGUGCCAAAACUAAAUUGAAAGAAUUUGAACAUGUUAUUGAGAAAUGUCGCGAUGCACUGCUUAUUGCUGUACAAGAUAAUAAUUUAAUUUCGAAAGAGAAAAACUGGGAUUUUGUUGGAAAACUAGAACUGAAAAAAGACAUGUUGGAAGAACAAGUGGAAAAAAUCGUCCAAGAAGCUUCACAACAACUUGACGAACUUCAUCAUAUCAUUGAGCAACAUAAGAAUUCGGAACAAGCAAUCGACAGUAAUAUUAUCCCUGAUUCUAUUGAAUCUUAUGGAAAAUUACAAUAUGACUUAACUGGAUCAAUCAAUAAGGUAGUAAAACUUCAGAACGAUAUUAAUAUGCUUAAACGUUAUCGUGAUUUAGCUUCUUCAUCGCAUACGAACUUACAAAAUGAUUUAGAAGCUUUGUCGAAACAUAUUGAAGGGAAAAGGCAGGGCAAAGGCACUUCCAAAACAAUGAAUGUGGACGAGUUGAAUGAUUUGAUUUCAGUGGCACAUGCUCGUAUCUCUUCCUUACAAGAUAAAUUAGAUCAUUUAGAACAUAGUGAAAGAGAACGAAUGAAAUCAGCUUUAGAAGCACAACGUCAAGCAGAUGAUAGUCUUCGAGAAGAAUAUAUCAAACAAGAAUUAAAUCGAGAACGCACGAGACAUGAAAUUGAAAGACAUAAAUGGUUACGGGAAGCACGUGAUGCUAGAGAACAUGAAUUGAGAUUAGCACUGGCGAGACAUAGUGAACAUCUUUCACAUAUGUUACAAUUACAGAAAGAGAAAAUGGAGCAUCAGUUUGCACGUCAACUACGUGAAGAGCUGGCAAAAGAAAGAGUCGCUUUUGAAGCUGCACUUAUCGGUUGGACUAAGCGUAUGGAAGCCAUAGAAGAUGUUAUAGACGGAAGAGCGGAUCUAGAUCGGUUAGCUAAAGAAGCACAAUCAUUAUGGCUUUCAUGUGAAGCUUUAGCCUGUCGAUUGCAUUCAGUUAGCCCGUCAACGAAAUCUCACCAUGAAACGAAAAGCGAUUCGGUCCUACUGAGUCAAACUGGAUCUUUAAAAGAUUUUGUCAAUUCCAUUCGUGAAUGCGCUGCUUCCGGAAAUUACCCUUUUGUCAAUAUAAUUCUAGACAGUCUAUCUUCCGAUAUAGUGGAAAAUGGAGUUUGGACAGAAAAUGGAUUGAAGAAGAGGUUUGAAAAGGUAUAUAACGUCUGCAGAAAUGUCGCAUUAAUUGAUGAAACAAGUGGUUCACUAUGGGAAUAUGCUUUAUCAUGGCUACAGUCUAUAUUAAUCGUAGAUGUGAAAUAUAAAUGUUUGGAAGCGAUUUCACGUAUUAAACCAAAUAUUAGUAGUCCUUAUGUUCAAUACAUUAAAGAUUAUGAUACAACGAAACAAACGGACUCAAGACCAGAUUCAUUUCAGUUGUUAUCUAGUGCCAAAUUCGCUAUGGCUAGCGACCACAAUAUCUUUUCAGGUGACGAAAAUACAUCUGGUGAUGAAGCACUUGAAACAGCUGUACGAUUGUUAGGUCAGUUGCGUGGUCAAUCUCGUGUUGUUGCAAAUGAUUGGUUAGUUGAUGCUCGACACUAUUUAGAAGCUAAACAAACUGCUAGAACGUUAUUAGCUUAUGUUGCAGCUCGUGAUAUUUCUACUUUCCAAAAACGUCUAUAAUUAUUUUCGGAAAGAACCAUUUAAAAGGGCUAUUUCAUUAUUUAUCAUUCUUAUUGUCGUUCUUGAGUACUGUUUGAAUCUUUUCAUGAAGCGUCUUUUGUGAAAUUAGUAUUUAAUUUUUGUAUGAAAGGAAAUUCUGAUUUGUAUUUAGCCUUAUUUAAAUGUACAUGAAUAUAACUAGACAGAAAUACAGUAGUACACUUUUCCUAUC